CCUGUGCCGUACGCACCGCCAUCUUGGAAGCAGUCUCUCUCUCUCUCUCUCUCUCUCUGUGUGUGUUCAACUCAGGAAAACCUGCAGAUCCCUUCGGGAAGCUCAAGGCGCUGAAAUAAACAACACAAUCCCUGAGCCACAAUGGCCACCGCACCGUACAACUACUCCUACAUUUUUAAAUACAUCAUCAUUGGGGAUAUGGGGGUAGGAAAGUCAUGUUUGCUUCACCAGUUUACAGAAAAGAAAUUCAUGGCAGACUGCCCCCACACGAUCGGCGUGGAGUUUGGGACAAGGAUAAUCGAGGUGAGCGGGCAGAAGAUCAAGCUGCAGAUCUGGGACACGGCAGGGCAGGAACGUUUCAGGGCCGUCACACGCAGCUACUACAGGGGAGCCGCCGGAGCGCUCAUGGUCUACGACAUCACCAGGAGAAGCACAUAUAACCACCUCAGCAGCUGGCUUACUGAUGCCAGGAACCUCACCAACCCUAAUACUGUGAUCAUUCUCAUAGGCAACAAAGCAGACCUGGAGGCCCAGCGAGAUGUGACGUAUGAAGAAGCCAAACAGUUUGCUGAGGAGAAUGGUCUGCUAUUCCUGGAAGCCAGUGCAAAAACAGGGGAAAAUGUGGAGGAUGCUUUUCUGGAAGCGGCAAAAAAGAUCUACCAAAACAUUCAGGAUGGCAGCCUUGACCUGAAUGCAGCUGAAUCAGGGGUCCAACACAAGCCCUCUGCGCCUCAGGGUGGCCGGCUAACCAGCGAACCACAACCUCAGAGGGAAGGAUGCGGCUGCUAAUGACCAGCACCACCUGCCUGCCUGCCUACCUAUCCUACCCAGCACCAACCCCAAACCUUCUCCGCAUCUACUACUCCUCUUUUAUUAUCCCAUUUGGGCCUCAGUCCGCCCUGUCCUGACCUGCAGGGGAGCACGAGCAGGGGCCGACAAGGGAGGAAACAACGGACAGGCUUGGCUGUUUAUCCUCUCCUUCCCUUUCAUCUCUCUCACUCUCACCUGUUUGUCUACCCCCAUUGGUCUUCUCCCUCCCUGUCAUGCUCUGACUAUACCCGUCACUGUUCACUAUCCAUGGAUACAUCACGUGGUACAGACCUGUUAAAGGAAGAACAGAGGUCAUUGACUGUCUGAGAGACAGCUGAGAGAACCAAGCAGGUUAUUUUUUAUUCAUUUAUUUUAUAGCUCAAUAAUUUACACAUCAGUUUUCUUCAUGAGAUUCUGAGAAUCCAGAGCAUCAUAGGAAGUAGUGCUCGGUUUAUGUCUCUCCCCCGCAUGGUUUAGUUUAUUGUUAUUCAAGAAAAUGAGAAUUAGAUUCUCCCGAACUCAAUAAUGACGUUCAGCCUUCAGUGUCGAGGGAUAGAGAUGUUUGUAUAUUCAUGUAUGGCAGCCACAGGAGAAUGCUGUGGCAUGUAAUAGUUGACUGUUCAUUUUAAGGCAUUUGAAAGUGUGUACGAGGGACCAAGUGAAAGCAGCGUGAGCUGGUGUUGGUCAACGAGAAUUCUUAUCUGUGGUCCACACUGUCAAGUAGUCCGGAAGGGCCUGUAACUCUGAGAGAACAUCCAGUCAGAAUCUCAAAACAGUGCCUCCAAAUGCUGAAGAUCCUGACAACGCUGAAUUGUUGCGAAACAGCCACCUCAACACCUGAAUACAGCUUCUCAACAAGAGGGAGAACAUGAUAGAAAAGGUUAUGGGGCAAAUCUGCAGUAAUGUAAUCUUGUACGUAUGGAUGAAUAGGUGGAUGGGUUGGGUGGGAGGGGGGACAAACUCAUUGCGUUUGCUAGUUCUUGGGGGUCAUGGGGGGAUGGAGUCUUCUCACUCAGAUAAUGACACUUUAAUGAAAGACACCUCCCCCCACCCUGCAUUUUACAUGACUUUUUUUUUUUGACUAUUUGUUUCAUUGCACCAACCCCUCCUCCACCUGUUAUCCCUUCUUCUCAACCAUAUCAGUUAGAACUCCAUCUGUCCUUACCAGCAUUUUUUGUUGUUGUUGCCUUAUUGUUAUGAUUAAUGUUAAUAUUAUUACCAUCACUGUUUAAUCUUACUUUGUUGCGCUUGCUCUACAUACUGCAGAUUGGACUUCUUUCUGUCAAAAUAAAACAUACUGUUUUACAAUAUCGCUACAUUUUAUUUUAGCUCUUGGAGAAGAGUGUGACAGGAAAAAGUUCUAGUGAACGCUGUGUGAUAGACGUGCUUGUCUCGCAUUCUGGCUGUAAAUUUGACUGGCUGCUGUCAUAUAGGCUUGUAUAAUAACACAGCAAAGCGCAAACCCCAAAUCCCACCAAACCAGCUUCCGCUGCAGUGUUAGAAUGGGGAAUCUGACUCAUGUACCAUUAUAAAAUACUUCGUAUUCAGCAGCUGUAUAUAUGGCUAAAUAUCUGUUGGUGAUAAUGCAAGACAGACAGCAGCACUGACUCCAAUGUACAGCUGUUAUGAGUCACUGGUAACUCUUGCCUAGGAAAUUCUUUAACAUUUUCUAUGACUAAUUGUGUGCGUGCGUGGACAGACUCUUUCUGUGCUGAGUGUUCUAUUGAGAUUCCACUAUGCACCUGUUCUCUGGCUAGAAGUAGUAGCAGACUCAGAAAGCAGGGAUUGGUGCAGCACUCAAUUUGUAUCCCAAUUGAAACCUGGCUUAUAUGUGACAAAAUGUGUCUGUCCAUCUCCUCACUGAACUCUUAUGCCCAAAGUUCUUGUUUAGGAGGAGGUUGUGCUGUCUGGUAACAGGAGUGGUUGAGAGUUUGGUUUUAGGGUGGAGUCCUCCUUGUGCUCUGUCCAUUUCUUUGCUGUCCGAAUGACCACUUCUAUAUGUUCACAUAAGUUUAAAACGUAUGUAUAAAUUUAUACAUAUGUAUAAAAUCUGAAGGAGCUGUGCUAACAUUUAAAAUGCGUUCUUGCGUGUAUAUGAUUUUAAAAUGUUGACAUUUUGAUUUUAAUAAUGAUAAUAAAAUGUUCUAGACAGAAAACAUUCUACUGGA